AUGCAUCUUUGGGUAGCCAUCCUGGGCCUCCUACUCCUGCCAGCUGGUGUAACCUCUUACCAUCGAGUGACUGGAGUGGCGGGUCGGAGUGUCACUCUACCCUGCUACUAUAAUGGAGAAGUCACAAGCAUGUGUUGGGGCCGAGGGUCAUGUCCUUGGUUCAAUUGUGGAACUGACAUCAUCUGGACUGAUGGAUACAGAGUCACCUAUCGGAGCGAUGGACGUUAUCAGCUAAAUGGCAAUAUUCCUGGAAGGGAUGUGUCUUUGACCAUAAACAACGCUGCCGUGUCUGACACUGGCUUGUACUGUUGCCGAAUUGAGGUGAGAGGGUGGUUCAAUGACAUAAAAACCACCCUAGAGUUGAAGGUCAAUCCAGCUCCACCUACAACAACAACGACCACCACCACUACUACUACAACAACCACCACCACUACUCCAACAACCACCACCACUACUCCAACAACCACCACUACAAGAAGGACAACUCCCACCACUACUCGGAGAACAACCACCACUACAAGAAGGACAACUCCCACCACUACUCAGAGAACAACCACUACAAGAAAGACAACUACCACCACUACUCAGAGUACAACCACCACUACAAGAAGGAAAACUCCCACCACUACUCGGAGAACAACCACCACUACUCCAAUAACAACCACUACAAGAAAGACUACUGCCACCACUACUCCUAGAACAACCACUACAAGAAGGACAACUACCACCACUACUCCAAGAACAACCACAACUACAAGAAAGACAACUACAACCACUACUCCAAGAAGCACUACCACCACCACCACCACUCCAAGAAUAACCACCACUACAAGAAAGACAACUGUUACUACUACUCCAACAAUGACUACCACUAUUUCAACAACCACCACUGCUACCCCCAAAACAACACCCACCACAACUCCAACAACCACCACCACCACUACUCCAACCAUGAUGGUCACCACUGCUCCAACAACCACCACCACUGCUGUGCCAACAACAAUCAACACCACUAUUCCAACCAUGACAGUCCCCACUGCUCCAGUGACAGCAAGGUCCUCUACUUCUGCUCUUCCAAUGCCAGCACCCACAAAAGACCUCCAGCCAGCUUCUUUAUCUUCUCCAACUCAGACAGCAGAAACCCAGCCUGCUACCCUGUAUGAAACAAACAUAACCAGCUCACCAUGGCACUCUUGUUCAACAGAUGGAAAUGGCACUGUGACCCAGUCUCCAGAUCCCCAUUGGCAUAACAAUCAAACUGUUACGGCGCUGGCACAAGAAACAUGGGUGAGCACCAGCAAGGGAGUCUACAUUGGAAUAUCGGUUACUAUUUUGGCACUGUUGGUCAUGUUUGUGGCAUUCUCUAGGAGAAGAUAUUUUUGCCUGGGUAGCAAGGCGGAGCUACUACGUGUGAUUCCAUUGAAAGAUUCUCCCAUUGGAGCUUUGAAUAAUGCAACUCUGAAGCCUAUCCAAGAAGAAGACAAUGUCUACAUUACUGAGCACUAA